GUCCGGGGUUACCCAGAGCCCCACGUGACAUGGCACCGAAACGGGCAACCCAUCACCAGCGGGGGCCGCUUCCUGCUGGAUUGUGGUGUCCGGGGAGCUUUCAGCCUUGUGAUUCGUGCUGUCUGUGAGGAAGACAAGGGAAAGUAUACCUGUGAAGCCGCCAAUGAUAGUGGUGCCCGCCAGGUGACAGUGGAGUUGACGGUGGAAGAGCAACCCAUCCAGUACGCUCACUCGUCCUGCGAGGCCGGUGUGGCCGAGCUCCACAUCCAGGACGCCCUGCCGGAAGAUGAUGGCACUUACACCUGUCUGGCCAAGAACACCGUGGGGCAGGCGUCCUGCAGCGCCCGGGUCACUGUCCAUGAAAAGAAGAGCGACAGGAAGAGCGGGUACCCUCUACCCGCAGCUCCCAGCAAGCCGGUCGCGCCCCUCUUCCUGCAGGGCCUCUCCGACCUCAAAGUCAUGGAUGGAAGCCAGGUCACCAUGACAGUCCAGGUGUCAGGGAACCCGCCCCCUGAGGUCAUCUGGCUUCACGAUGGGAAUGAGAUCCAGGAGUCGGAGGACUUCCACUUUGAGCAGAGAGGCACUCGGCACAGCCUUUGUAUCCAGGAAGUGUUCCCGGAGGACACGGGCACAUACACCUGUGAAGCCUGGAACAGCGCCGGAGAAGUCCGCACCCAUGCGGUGCUCAUGGUACAAGAGCCUCAGGAUGGCACCCAGCCCUGGUUCAUCAGCAAGCCCCGCUCAGUGACAACCUCCCUGGGCCAGAGUGUCCUCAUGUCCUGUGCCAUCGCUGGGGACCCCUUCCCCACUGUGCACUGGCUGCGUGAUGGCAAAGCCCUCUCCAAAGACGCUGGCCACUUCGAGGUGCUACAGAAUGAGGACGUGUUCACGCUGGUUCUAAAGGACGUGCAGCCUUGGCAUGCCGGCCAGUAUGAGAUCCUGCUCAAGAACCGGGUUGGCGAAUGCAGUUGCCAGGUGUCACUGACGCUACAGAGCAGCCCCGGCAGAGCGCCCCUGCGGUGA